GAUCAUUCCGGAACUUUACUGCAAACCAUACAUCGAAAAUCGAGCCAACUGAUCAUCAACCCUUCCCUCCAUAUCUAUCAACUCUCUCAAAUGCUCACAAACACAAAACAAAAUGCUUACAAACACAAAACUAUACUUGCACACGCCUCUCGCGCCGCACUUAACCACCGCAAUUCACCUCGGGAACCGUGAUUACAAGGCCUGGCGUCGCCGCCGACUCAAGCAAUCUCGCCGGAAAGCUUCAGUUCUCGCCGUCCGGUGUCAGUUAGGUAAUCCGUUACAGUCUCCGUUCGAUUCUUUAGUUUCGAGUGUCGCGUCGUUAGAUUUAGUUGCUCCGGCGUUAGGUUUAGCUUCCGGACUUGCUUUAUACUUGUCGAAUCGGAAUUUGAGGUUGCGAGAGAGUUGGAUUGGGCAGAGAGGAGUUGACGAUGUCGGAGAGUGGAUAUUGUUCACCUCUCCGACGCCGUUUAAUCGGUUCGUGGUGUUGCGGUGUCCGUCGAUUGAGUUGGAGAGGGAAGUUGGGGGUGAGAAGCUUGUGGAGGAAGAUAGGCAUUACGUGAGGUUGAGGAGAGGGAGAACUGGAGAGAUGGAGAUGGAGAGUGUUGAGGAGGAGGAGAGAGUUGUGUAUCAGAGGAAAUGUGUGUUGACGGAUGACGGUGGAGUGAUUUCGUUGGAUUGGCCUGCGAAUUUGGAGUUGAGUGAUGAGCAUGGGCUGGAUACUACGAUUGUGAUUGUUGCGGGGACUAGUGAAGGGAGUAUGGAGGAGAAUGUGAAGUUGUUUGUGGUUGAGUGUGUCAGGAGGGGGUGUUUUCCAGUUGUGGUUAAUCCGAGGGGGUGUUCUGGUUCGCCAUUGACAACUGCACGGUUAUUUACAGCUGCUGACAGUGAUGAUGUCUCCACAGCUAUACAAUUCAUCAACAAAGAAAGGCCUUGGACAACAUUGAUGGGUGUUGGAUGGGGUUAUGGGGCAAAUAUGCUGACGAAGUAUCUUGCUGAAGUUGGAGAUAAUACACCUCUCACAGCUGCAACAUGCGUAGACAAUCCAUUUGACUUGGAAGCAGCGUCAAGGUCCUUUUCUUAUGAUCGUGCCAUUGAUCAGAAGUUCACUAGAGGCUUGGUUGAUAUUCUGAAAUCUAACAAGGAAUUGUUUCAAGGUCGAGGGAAAGAUUUUGACAUUGAAGGUGCUCUUCAGGCAACAUGUGUGCGAGAUUUUGAGAAAGCUGUAUCUAUGAUCUCAUAUGGAUUUGAUGCCAUUGAAGACUUCUAUUCAACAUCCAGCACACAAGGUUUGGUUGAUAAAGUGAAGAUUCCACUUCUUUUUGUACAGUUUUCUCAACAUGCAAAAGGUUACAGAGUUUUCUUAAUCUAUCAGAAUGAUGAUGGAAAACUGCCAAUAUUUUCCAUCCCACAUAGUUCAAUUGCUGAAAAUCCAUACACAAGCCUGCUGCUUUGUUCUAGUCCACCAUCUAAUACAACUACAAGUGGUAUAUCUACUAUAGCAUGGUGCAGACACCUUACUAUCGAGUGGCUCACGGCUGUAGAGCUUGGCCUCUUGAAGGGUCGUCAUCCUCUGUUAAAAGAUGUUGAUAUUAAUAUUUCAAAAGGCUUAUUGACUGUGGAAAGCAAAGUGAUAAAAAAGAGUGGUCAAGUGAAGAAAAUUCCAAGUCUUCCUCGUAUUGGCAAUGUAAAUGUAAAUGGCAGUUCUGUUACAAAUUUUAAAGAAGUUUCUGGAGGGCGUGACGUUGCUGUUGGUUUGCACAUAAGAACUGAGAGGGAUUCACUGCGGAGUUCUCAAGAUGAACAUGUUGGCCCGAAGCAAGAAAAUAAUGAUGUGAUAAAUCAAGGAACCCCUGUUAUUGCAGAUCCUCCAGAGGAUGGAGUUAUACCAGAAGAUAGUGAAAGAGGGCAGGUGCUUCAAACUGCAGAAAUUGUUAUGAAUAUGCUUGAUGUGACAAUGCCUAAUACAUUGACGGAAGAAAAGAAGAAGAAGGUUCUCAAUGCCGUUGGGAAGGGAGAGACGUUGAUGCAAGCUCUCCAGGAGGCUGUGCCUGAAGAUGUUCGUGAGAAGCUCACAACUUCUGUUUCUGGAAUCAUGCAAAACAGAGGGUCCAACUUAAACUUUGGUAGCCUCUUAAAUAUUGGGCAUAUUCCUGACAUGGCAUCUGGUCUAGAUUCAAAGAUCCAGGGCAAAAUAUUAAGUCCUGUGGGUGAGGCAGAUGAUUCUCAUUCUUCAAAACAGAAAAUGAUGGGCAAAGACCUGGCAGAUGAUGGCAAUGAGAGUCAAGCUGGCGUGGACAAGCCUGUAGGAGAUCCUAAUUCUGAAUCCCAUGCCGUAGAUAGUUUUCAAAAAACGGCAGAUACUGAUCAGUUACAGACGGGUGAUAUUGGAGCUGAGGUGUCUGUGUCAGGCAAUAGCAUAACUAAUGAACAAGGAAGUGACACCAAAACUAAAGAGUCCUCAAAUGAAAACGGUGCUCAAGAUACUAAGCAGAAGGAAAACACCUUAAAAGCUAAUUCUGGGCUUGAACUCUCUGUUGGUUCUGAUAUGUCUAAUUCCACUGGAGAUCAGACUCUUGACCAAUCCAAACUGAGUCAAGACACAGAAAAUUAUAAGUCGGAUAUAAAAGAGGAUAAAAGUAAGCAGCAGAAUGGAGAUAGUAAUGCACUUUUACCUUCCAAUGAAAAUAAAUUGACAUUAGAUGAAAAGGAGGGAACACUUGCAACACCUACCCCAGAGGCUGAGUCAGCGGAGAAAGAAAACACUGAGAAUCAGAAAAGAGAAGAAAAGGUUAUGGACCCCAAUCAAAAUAGUUCAAGUACUCCAACCUUUAGUGUUUCUCAAGCAUUUGAUGCUUUUACCGGUAUAGAUGAUUCAACUCAGGCAGCUGUAAACAGUGUGUUUAAUGUGAUAGAAGGUAUGAUAACUCAUCUAGAGGAAGAAAGAGAUGAUGGAACAGAGGUGGAAAAUGGUAAGGAGUCUUCAGACAAAGAAACUGGUUCCGUAUCUGAGAAGAAUGGGACUUCUGAUAACAAGUUAGGACAAAAACAAGAGAAUCAGCCUGACUCGACCUUACAGUUUAAGAAGUUGGAUGAUGUUUCUUUGUGUGAUAAUAUGGAUGCUAGAAACAAUUUGGCGGAGCAGCCUUCACACAUGCCUGCAACAUUUGAUGAUAACGGUGUUCACCAAUUGCAGGAAAUUAAUUCAGCUUUUCAUGUGGACAAGGCAAAUGAAUUGAAUGAAAAAUUAGUUGGCACUAGACAUUCAGAUAAAGUUAGAUCAGUGGAGAAAGUUCCUCAUGACAUUCCUCGACGCAUUAGUAAAAGCCCAAUUGGAGACCCUCUCUAUAGCGAGCGUCUAAGGAAAUGUCUUACAUCACAGAUGGAUAAUGCUAAAUUACUAGAUUUAGAUACGACUGCUGCUCUUUUUCUUGACUAUUAUCCGGAGGAAGGUCAAUGGAAGCUUUUGGAGCAAUCUGGACAUGCCAAAGAUUCUUUUGAUGAUGCUACUCUUGAAGGUAUGGACACCAGUAUCCAAAACAAUAUAUCUUUGAAAGAAGGUCAUAUUAUUGAACCAUCCUACGUGAUAUUAGAUUCAGAAAAGUUACAUGAACCGGUUGAGGAAUGUGAGAUGGCAAACUCGAUGAAUGAAAUAGCUGAGAUGUGUGAUGCUACUUCGAAGGAACAGAUGCGUAACGUGAAAACUGUUGUUAUAGAUUCUUUAAUGUUGGAAGUUAGUCGCAGGCUUACUUCAGCAGACAUAAAGGAAAUGGAAGCUGAUCUUGUCAGUGACUUGGAACAUGUCUCAAAGGCAGCAUCUUUAGCCUUAAGAUUUGGAAAGGAUAGAAUUCCUUAUAUAGAAGAUGCAGACCACACAUCAGAUGAAGUCAAUACUCUCCUGGGAGAAUACAUAGUACGAGCUAUAUCUUUGGCUGUUCAGGACACUAGCUACUUGAGAAAAGUACUCCCACUUGGUGUUGUUGUUGGCUCUAGCUUAGCUGCUCUAAGAAAUCAUUUUGAUGCACCUUCUGCAACUAAGAAUCGUCAAAGAGACGUCAUCAGAGAUAAAAUUAAUUUUUCUAGGGCUGAAAACAGGGUGGAAACAUUUGAAAGGGAAACUGUUGGGAUGCCAUCUGAUAGUUUUGACAAUAAUGAGUUGGAGAAACCAUCGAGAAAAAAUGAGGCAAGAGACAAGUCAAGCGAUGGAAACAAUGGAAGUGCUAUGGUCGGUGCUGUUACAGCUGCCCUGGGGGCAUCUGCUUUGUUGGUGCAUCAGCAGGAUUGUGGAGAUGAUGAGAUUUCUGAAACAUCAUCGAAUUUGCUUAAAAAGGAAGACAAUCAUCACAAGCUUGGUAAAUUUGUUGAAGAAUCAUCUGAGAAGAAUGAAACCAAUAUAGUCACAAGCCUUGCAGAAAAAGCAAUGUCUGUGGCUGGUCCUGUGGUUCCAACAAAAGAUGGUGGACUAGAUCAAGGAAGAUUGGUAGCGAUGCUGGCAGAAUUUGGGCAAAGGGGUGGUAUGCUGAGGCUAGUUGGUAAAGCUGCUUUACUUUGGGGUGGAAUACGUGGUGCAUUGAGUUUAAUUGAAAGGCUCAUCUCAUUUUUGAGGUUUGCUGACCGCCCUUUGUUUCAGAGGAUUCUAGGAUUCAUAUGCCUGGUUCUUGUUCUAUGGACACCUGUUGCUGUUCCCUUGCUUCCAACAAUUGUGCAGGGCUGGGCAUCACAUAGUUCAACCGAAUUUGCUGAGCUUGCUUGCAUCAUUGGCCUUUAUGUAUCUAUUAUGACAUUAAUUAUCUUGUGGGGUAAAAGAAUACGAGGGUAUGAGAAUCCACUUAAGCAGUAUGGCUUAGAUUUGACUUCCUCACAAGUGAUCAAAAACUACUUAUAUGGUUUGGCUGGAGGAGUUUUUUUUGUCUUAGCAAUAAAUUCAGUAAGUGCAUUGAUUGGACUUGUCCAUCUAUCUUGGCCUUCAAAUGUCUCAUCUGCUUCAGAUGCGGCAAAUCAGCUCAAAUUUUAUGUGCAACUGCUACUUCUUUGUGGCAAGGGCCUUGCAACAGCCACUGGUGUUGCACUAGUGGAAGAAUUACUCUUCAGAUCAUGGUUGCCAAAUGAAAUAGCCAUUGAUCUUGGAUAUUAUCGUGGAAUUAUUAUAUCAGGUCUUGCAUUUUCUUUAUCUCAGAGAUCACUACUGGCAAUUCCUGGACUAUGGUUAUUAUCACUUUGUUUAUCUGGAGCUCGACAGAGGUGCCAAGGUAGCCUUUCCCUCCCAAUUGGCAUACGGACUGGUAUAAUGGCUUCUUGUUUUAUCUUGAAAACUGGUGGCUUUUUGACCUAUGAGCCAAAUUUUCCAAUAUGGUUAACUGGAACCCUUUCAUUUGAACCAUUUAGCGGGAUUGUUGGUCUAGCAUUUACUUUGUUGUUAACAGUAGUCCUUUACCCAAGGCGACAACCUAUUACUGGGAAUAAAGUAGCAAGGCGUGCACGGGAAUGAACAAUAUUCAAUUGUCGGUGGUGAAUAGGAGUUGUGUUUAAUGAUGCACCACUGAUUCCCCCAAGGGUAGUUUUAUGCUGUGUUGGUCAAGCUUCCAUGGCAUGUCUGGUGAUAUCUGAGUGCGUCCCAUUAGAAUAAUCAUGAAAUGGAAUUCUGCCUACGCUGCAUAAUCGGAGCUACAUCUUGUUACGGAUGCAGUGGUAUAGAAUGGAAUGUGCAUGGGUAGAAACUAGCAAACUUUUUGCCUUGCCUGUUGAAAGUCAUCCGCGUCUGAUAGGUUUCUUGCAUAUAGAAUGUAAUGGGCAUGGGUAGAAACUAGCAAACUUUUUACCUUGCCUGUCAGACUGAUACAGUCUUGGACUGGGGAUCAUCCAUAGUUUUGCAACAGAGAAAUUUUGUGUACAUAUUGUUUACAGAAUGGAGGCAGAGAAUAACCUUAGGUUGCACGUUAUUUAUUGUUCUAAUGUAAAUAACUUGCAGACAUAUUAUAAAUUUAUACUCAAAUUCCAGCAUAUCCAUAAUAUUUUUAAUUAAAAUAUCUUUUUAACUUUCAGUUCA